AUGGCGCCAUUCAUAUCCACCAUACCCAUAUGCCGGGUUAAUGCUAGUUGGCAUAAUCAACAACUAGAGUGCCCACAGACAGGUUCCGAGCCGCGAAGUUUCCGGCUAUUCCCAACUGUUAUGAAAGACCACAGUCCACUCCAAAUCAACGUGAUCGAGCAGAAAGAGCAAAAAGUGCAUUUAGGUGUCCCCCCUGUCUGUGAAACCAUAGACCCUCACGCGUUGCAUUUCAAGGACAAUGGCGACUCAGAGGCUCAGAAUGAGAUAAGCAAUAAAAGAUCAAUAUUACCUCAAGCUAAAAUGAAAUAUCUGGAGGGUGAACUGGAGUUUUCAAUGCGAUCCACUUCCACGAAUUCGACAUCAGGAGCCUCCUUGAUCUUCAACCGUAUCGAAAGCGACAACAUUGAAACCAACGAUGACGACACUGGAGAUGAUAUCGAUAUUAACAUAGGUGUCGACCAAUUUAAGACUCACGUGGACCACGAGGGCCAGGGGCAACGUCAAUCUGGGGGGCAGAGCCUUGCAAAAGCAACAAUCGACCGUCUGAAAGCGAAGAGGAGGAUGAAGCGCUUUCGGCAGACAUUGGCUAAUCGUAACCCCAUUCCCAGACUCUCGCAUAAUCAGACACGAUUUCUCAUGAGCGAGUUUACUCGCCAAGCGCAUCCGGAUGCCGCCCAUAGGGAGCGCUUAUCAAAGGAGAUCCCGGGUUUGAGCCCUCGUCAGGUGCAGGUUUGGUUCCAGAAUCGAAGAGCCAAACUAAAGCGUCUAACUAGCGACGAUCGAGAAAAGACGUUGAUACCUAGGACCUUACCUGAUGGUUUUGAUAUCACGGAAGACAUUUAUUCCCUUUACGGGAGUUGGCACCGAUCUUCUAACAACACUCUCACUCCCGCUGGAAUUUACUCCAACCCCAUUCAGGAAGGAGGAGAUAUUUUUACGCCUUUAAUAUCGGUUAUCACGAGAAAACCAUGCGACGAAGACUAUACGACAUCUCCGUUAAGCGCUUCUUCUGGAUGUGAUGGUUACUUCCCGUCGCCAACAUCAGCUCUAGCUACUGGGUCAGAACAUGAAACCCAUGAUAACUCGUCCCGUUUCGCAUUAUUUUGCAACCCGCAGGCAUCAGCUCUCCGAUAUAUGAGUCCAAGCACAAGAACCAGCGACUUUUCUCAUUUUUCUUCUCAUUUUUCUUCGCAAUCAUAUUGCCAUCAUGUCCCUGAUUUAUUCCAACCUAUCACAGCAAAUCCAAGGACAGUAUCAUUAGAAUCCUCGUACGAACAAAAUUUGUCGUAUAGCCAAACCAUAUCGGGUUAUGGAACACCAGAUGCCACUUUCCCGGUAUUAGAUAUGCCAUAUCGUAGUACUCACUCUUUUGACACCAUUCUCCAGCAGCCGUGCCUGAUAGGCAAUUUGAGCCCAACGCGUAAGUACCAAUCUAGUAGUCUACCAAACAUAGGACACAUGGCUUACGACAUUAUACCAGCUCACAACCAAUUUCGAAAAUCUGAGCCCUCCAAAUCAUCAUCCCUUUGGCUUCAAACAGCUCCAACCAACCUCCAUCCCGAUUGCAUUUGA